CCUACAUCAUAAAUAAAUAAAAAACACUGGCAACCAAAAAUGGCUGAAAAGGUUUAGGGUUAAUAUAUAGCGUGCCAUUGUUGCUGUAAUCUGAGCCGUCACUUGUAGUUUGUGUUAUCUGCAAAAUAGUGAACAAUGGCAGUUGGCAAGAACAAGCGAAUCUCGAAGGGCAAGAAGGGAGGCAAGAAGAAAGCAGCUGAUCCCUUCUCAAAGAAGGAUUGGUACGACAUUAAAGCUCCUUCAUUGUUCCAGGUGAAAAAUGUUGGCAAAACCCUCGUAUCUCGUACUCAGGGUACCAAGAUUGCUUCAGAAGGACUCAAACAUAGAGUGUUUGAGGUUUCAUUGGCUGAUCUUCAAGGGGAUGAGGAACACGCAUUCAAGAAGAUUAGGUUGAGAGCUGAAGACGUUCAAGGAAAAAAUGUUUUAACAAAUUUUUGGGGGAUGAAUUUCACAACCGACAAAUUGAGGUCAUUGGUGCGUAAGUGGCAAUCACUAAUUGAAGCUCAUGUGGAUGUGAAGACUACUGAUAAUUACACAUUGAGGAUGUUUUGCAUUGGAUUUACCAAGAGAAGAGCUAACCAGGUUAAGAGGACCUGUUAUGCACAAUCCAGCCAGAUUAGACAGAUCCGUAGGAAGAUGAGGGAGAUCAUGAUCAACCAAGCAACAUCUUGUGAUUUGAAGGAAUUGGUCCGGAAGUUCAUUCCUGAAAUGAUUGGAAAAGAGAUUGAGAAGGCUACAUCUAGUAUUUACCCUUUGCAGAAUGUGUUCAUUCGAAAAGUGAAGAUCCUUAAAGCUCCUAAGUUUGAUCUUGGAAAAUUGAUGGAGGUUCAUGGUGAUUACUCCGAUGACAUUGGCACAAAGGUUGAUAGACCUGCUGAUGAAACAAUUGCAGAGGAAACCACUGAAGUUGUUGGAGCUUAAUUUAACGGCAAUGUUUUUUAGUUCGUUUUAGGUUUACUUUGUUAUUAUGUGAUAUUGAGUGUAAACUCAUCCCGAUGUUUCUAUGUAGGACGAGUGCACCAGGUUUAUUACGACAUUUUUUUACUUAAAAUUUAUAUCUGAAUUUUAUUCAGAACCCCUAAAAUCUCUCUGCAUGCUUAUAAAUGAUAUUGACUUAUUAUAAGUUGGGCAUGUCUGCUGGGUGAUCCACUAAUUUGGUGUGGUUUCAUUCCGAAUUCCCAUGAAAAUUUUAUAUAA